AAAAAAUCGCGUCCGUUAUAAAACUCCCGUACGGUUUAGUUUUGUACCGUUAAGGCUUCUACUAGUUAGCGCUUUGUUUUGUUACCGCUUUGACGGCACUGUAAUGUACUUAUUCCCGUUACRUAACGCCUGUUACUUCAUCUCUCCACUUCAUCUCCGUAAACUACGUGCUCUACACCAGCAACGACUACAACAACAACAUCUUCAUCUUCAUCUCCAACAAAAACUUCUAGACUACCAGCUUGGAUUUUAUCUUCAAAACUCAAUCAUAGCCGAUGCUUKUGAAACAUGCCCAAACAAAGCAAUGUUGCCACGAUUACCGCUGCGACAGACGAURGYGCUGUGAAGCCGCAUGRGUCCACUCUGAACGGUGGCGAUAAUAUCAUUACCAUCAGCACGAGCAGCAUCACCGACGAGUGUCACUCAUCAGCGCWCGACGAGCAYUCGUUAAAGCCCSCCGCAACAUCACCGAAAUCAACAACAGACAGUAACGAGACUGCCGAUCGUCAGCAUUCCUGCACAUAUUUGAAACCUACAGCUUCAGCGAUCACCGUCUCCAAUACAACAGCGACCAGCAACGCCGCGGAGCCGUCAACACAAACUCGCGCUUCCCCACAGUGUUGUGAUCUGUCGCGUUGCAUUUCGUAUCAAGAAAAUAUCGCCGAUGUGCAUCAUCGUCGCGGCCGUCGUUUGCAUGGYUUACAAUUGCCGCUACAUCCRCUACAAGUAUUCGGUUGGCUUGUGCUCAUACUCUUCGGUAUAGCCACAUUCUGUGUACUAAUACCGUCGUUCUCGAUUGAAAUACAGGGACCACUAUACGGUCUUGUCGGCGGUUUGUUUGUCGUGCAUGUGGUGUCACAUUUGACCGCACUGCUUACCGAUCCCGCCGAUCGUGAGCUGCAACGCGUGCAUCGSAACGAUCGCAUAGUGCCGGAAUUCGACCGCAACCGACACGCGCAUGUCAUUGAAAACGGUCGCUGUCACUUAUGUAAUAUACGCACCUCGUCGCARCGCACGAAACAUUGUUCGGUUUGUAAUAAGUGCGUCGGYAAGUUCGAUCAUCACUGCAAAUGGUUGAAUCACUGUAUCGGUUCGCGUAAUUAUGCGGCAUUUCUAAUGUGUGUGGUCAGUGCAGUGGCCGCGACGGUGGUCAUAGUCGCAGCUGUGGUGGCGCAAAUUGURCUCUACUAUGUCCAUCCCGAAUGGCUGAGCUUCUGGCAGUCCACAGACGGAAAUGUAACCAAUGUUGCAAGCGACUACCCCGCUGCGGUGCUCUACGCACGCAAUGCCAGCRCGCUUAAUGAUACAACGGCCGAAGYUGGCAAUGCCACGGCGAACAUUGAAUUUGCCMCAAAUGUUACCGCCAAUAUUAGCGCUUAUCUGMUGGAUACCGAUUUGUUGCCGGAUAAUGGGACGCUGCCAGCACUUGCUGAGAACGUGAGUACACUGAUUGCGGACACAAUCAACGACACCCUGCUGUUGCACUUGAAUCAAACAUACAGUGGAGCCGGCACAACGUCGGACACGGCAGGCGCCACAUCGACCAGUAAUGUUACAGUGGCCACCAUAGCCGGCAUUGGUGUGAGCGACACAAUAUUUUUGGUGCUUAUUGGUUUGUUAGGUCUGCUGGCCGCCAUCACCGCUGGACUGCUUAUGCAUCUCUGCUUUUUCCACAUAUACAUCUCAUUUUUGGGACUUACAACCUACGAGUACAUACGCAACCAUCGGCAAGCGCAGGAGCUCAAAGCUAAAGAAGCCAACGCUAAGCAGCCAAAAAAAGAUCAUCAACAUUACCCUUUGACUCCGUCCAAAAAGACUAAUGACUGUGGCCAAAUUUACUUUUGUUCAAGCGCACGACAUCCGAACGCCAUCAAUCCCGCUGAUGUGCAUUAUUUUGAAACGCGUAAGCCGCCGCCAAAACGCGAUGACAGUCCGCGCUCGCGUCUACAUUGCUGCGUUAAUUCCAGGGAAUAUCAUCAGUCCGCUUCAAAGACAUACUACAUGUGUUCGCUGCUCGAGGAUAACGCGGUGCAUUCGCCGCUUGCAAUAUCGCAUAUCAGCGGUGGAGACAGCACCAGAGCCGGGCACAUGUACGACGCAAGCGACACCGCUGAAGCAACAGAGAGAGGGUACAAGUCCUUCCAUUGCUGUUCUUCAUUCGGCGCGAUGGCGACGCAACGUCGUGUCAGUGCUGCAACGUCCAAAGCCACAUUGGUCAGCGACUUGGAGGCGAUAAGUGCGCGUCGCUCAUACAUGCAGUACACCGAGCAAUGCACGCUGUGUACCUUUCGUAUACGCAGUCCCAUAGUGAGUAAACGUGUCGGCGAUGUAAGCGCACGUACGGUCAGUGCCAAGCAACGCAGCGCCCAUGGUCCGAGAGAGUGGAGUCCAACGCCGCGUACCGUUUCGGCGAGUUCGAAAGUGGUUAAUAGCGAGCAUCAACGCUGCUGUAUGAAGUCGAUAUCGAAGAAUCAGCGUUGGCGCCGAAAAUGGAAUUGUUGCUCGAGUGUGCCCGACAGUCCCGAUGUGCCGAAUGAUAUUAUCGCCGCAUUGGCGAUGCGUCACCAACACAGCACUGCCACCAGCAGCGGCAAGAAGGUAAAGGCCACAGAGAUACCAGUGCAUUUCAUUAAAACAGUCAAUGGUAGCGGCAGCGUUGACAGCAGCACUGCCAGCCUCAGUGGUAGCCGCCCAACUUCUCCACGCAGUGCCAAUCUCAAAGCAAGCUCACGCGUACGCCACACACGCACCUGGCCAAUGCCACGCCUGAGACAUAUGAUGCGUAUGCUCGGUCGUUAUCGUCGCACGCGUUGUCGUCAAACGGACGUCAACAAUGCAAUUAGUACUAUUGAUGAGUAUCAGGUGAAACAAAAUCAAAUCCGCCCAUUACAAUUGCAGCCUAGCGGCAAUGGCGCCUACAGCCGCCAACAUCUGAAUAAUCACCAACAAUCGCAACAACAUUACAACGACAGCAGUUCACCACAGCCGCCCUCAUCCACAACGACAGCGUCGGAGCGUAGCGAUCAGAGCAUCUACAGUGAUUCGAGCAAUCUCACAACCCCCUCAGGUCAGACGCCCAAUGCCAUUGAAACGAUUCUGCCCACAUCAGUGAUACGUGACGACACGUCCAUGACAUAUACGACACCCAUGGGAAUUACAUUGCCACCGGCCUUACCACCACCGACGCGUCGCAAAAUACCGAAUCCUACAAAUUUGGAAGAACUCGCAGAGACACUGAGUUUUGUCUCGCAUUCGUCGGGCGGCAGUUCGGGCACGCUAUCGCCGGUGCAAAGACUUCCUACGCUGAGCAACGUUUAUCGCCGUCAGCGACGCAAACAUUUCUUACGUACACGUUCACCAACUUUGUCGCCCAUACACGAGACCGGUCUGUCGAAUCCAACAUCACCGCAACCGGGUCGCCAUAAUGCAAGCGCCACCGGCUCAAAUGCGGCUGUUUCGUCGGGUCUCUCGUGCGAUUCAGCUGAGUUGGCGCGCAAGAAUUCAUCGAAUAGUUCACUACAUAGCGUUAGUUCCAAUUCUAGCAGUACUUAAAUAUUCAGAAAUUAUUAUUUGUUAUAUUUCAACUUUGGAGUAAUAUUGAAGAGUCGUGUAAGAUGUAAAGGUGUGUGUGUUUCAUAAAUAGAUUUAUCAGUAACGAUAUCAGUUCAAUUUUAAUAACAUCUUAUCUUUUG